GAGGCAACCGCAGUGUUGACCGGUGAUACUCUAAAUAUUCAAUAUUAAUAAAAAAAUUGUUUAGUGAAGUGAGAUGUGAUUGUGUUUUGUCAGUGAUUAUUUAUAAAUAGUGCUUAAUUAAAUAUUAAUAGAUUGUUUACAAUUAAUUUAUGUAAAAGGCACAAUGUGGAAGUCAUUAUUUUACGUACUGGCAACCUCAUGGCUCGUGAGCUGCUUGCCUCCCCCACACCCCGCCGUGAUUCAAGUCAGGCAGGAAGAGGAGUUUCUGCCACAGCACCUUCGAAGUAGGGCUCUCUACAACCCUCAUCUUAGAGAAGUCCUACCGCUGACCAGUUUGCUCCACAAGGGAGAACAGUUGGUGUACGAAAGGGAAUCGGACAAAGUGCCUCGCAGCAAGAUAUACAACCUUCUGACUCACUCUGGGCUGGUACCUCGUCAGUUCCACCAGCCUCCCCAGUCCCAGUUACACCAGUUCCAGCCAGCGCCGCAGUUCCACGCACCACAGUUCCACAGACCACCGGUCUUCCACGAUCCGCCCUUCUUCCCCAACCCAGAUGUACUACAACGUCUGUAGAUGUUCGAUAAAAUCAAUAGGUUAUUUAUAACAAGUAAACCAUAUUUAGCAAUUAUUGCUCUAAUAGUACCAUUAACCUACAUGUACCUACUUAUUUUUAAGUGUUAAAGUAAUAUGUUGUGUAGUUAGUAAACUAACAAUUAUCGCGACCUUGGUGUUGAAAACACGAAAGUAAACAAAUAAUACACGAUAUGCAUUUCUGUUUGGCAUUGGUUGAUUGGUGACCUUGAAUAAAAUGUAUGGUCGUGCAUAAUAGUCAUUGUGCAAUACACACGAAAUUAUGUGAUCCAACUAGCAAUUAUGGAAUUAAAUAUUUAAUAUCGAAAUAUCAAA